AUGUUCAAUUCAAUUCGUACCAACCCUAUUAUGCAAAGUCCCUAUGUAUCUCAACAUCGGACACGGCCUGGGUUCCUGGGCCACAUCAGGCCCUCUCCUUCCUUUAGAGACUUCUCGCUACCUUCGGCGACCUCAAUCAAGACAUUCUUUGGACGAUCUUUUACGCACCUGGGAUCCGCCGCACAAGUUGGCAUAUCAACAGAGGAAUCACCUAUGCCAGAACGCACAAAAUCAAAACUUGGAUCAAGAAAUACCGAAAAAAAGCCAAAUAAUCAGGAUAAAAUACAGACUAAAAAUAUAAACGCGAAUACGAAUACGAACACGAAUAUGAAUACGAGUACGAAUAUGAAUAUGAAUACGAGUACGAACAAAAGUAAAAAUAAGAAUAAGAAUAACAGUAGACUGCCUUCGGAACCGUUGAUGUACUAUAAUGGACCAUAUGAAACAUUGGAUCAACUGCCGGAGGACAAGUUACAGUGGAUCAAAGACUCCUCUCCGGCAGAAGGCGUAGGAAUUCCCCAGCUCUCUGCCCACUCUCUAUACCCGAUAGUCCUUCGCAAACCACACAAGGAAUACACAAGACCAAGCGAAAUACAAUAUGCAGAUGGAAAACAAGCAAAGGCCAUGUUUUAUCUUCAAGUGCUUCAGGUUAUUGCCAAGAACCAUGCCAAACCCAGCCACUUUAGAUGCUCUGUUGAAUACGAUCGAUCAAUAUUUGUGGGCAGUUUUGGAUCGAGUGAGAAAUGUGGCAAGAACACAAUUCAGACAGAACUUGAAGAAACUUUUCUAUGUGAUAUUGAUGAACCGUCAUCAAUCACGCUCAAGGUCUACGCUCAACCAAGAACAAUGCUCCAUCGUAUCAGUCAUCGUGCACCAGAAGAGUGUGUAGGACAGCACAGAUUUGAUGCCACAUUAGAAUAUAGUGACAAGAAGUUGCGUCGAUACACGAUUGGAGAUGGAGAGACUUCUGGAUCAGGUGCCGCCACAUACCAAGUCUUGGUUGUGUUUGGCACGUAUGUCAGCCACCAGGCUCAGACUCUUUUGACUAAUCGACCUGUAUUUUCCGGUUACAUGACACUUUAUGCUCGUGGCCAAAGAUCAGCUAAAUGGAAUCGUUAUUGGGCGGUUUUGUAUAGCACCGAUCUGAGACUAUAUGAUUUUGAAACCAAAGAGACGCGCCCUCCGCUAGAAACAAUACCAUUGGCAUGUUUUCUGUAUGGAUUCAGACCGCCGGUUGAUGACGAUGAUGGACAGGUUGAUGUGGGUGCCCAUGGAUUAGCACUUCAAUUCUCCAAGCUGGCUGCACUUUCUCAAGAAGCAGAGGGCGAGAAGGAAAAGGAGGAGGAUGAGGAUGUGUGGUUUGAAUGUAGGGUGUAUAUCUUGCCAGACUCUGUACAAAUGUCACGAGAGUGGGAGAAUGCAUUUGAAUAUGUAAGAUCUCUACUCACAGGAUUCCGGGACACAGUAGUCAUGCCUCCUCAGUUAGUUCCAAGUCGUUUUCUAUGGUAA